GACAGCUUUAUCUUUUUGUAUUUUUGUAAUGAUUCUUAACAUAAAUUUCAGAAGUAAAUUUUGGGUUUCUUAGAGAGAAGAGCUAGAGAGAGAGAGAGAGAUGGGUUCAUGGAGGAAUUCUUCAUCUGGGAAGAUUCUAUGGAUGAUUAUAACGCCACUGGUUUUGAUUUUAGGGUUUAUGGCUUUGAAGAAAUCAAACUGGGGAAGUGGGUUCGUUUACUCUUACACUUGGGGUUCUUCUGGAGAUGAUUCUGCAGCAAAGGGACCUGUUUCAUCGGAAAAUUCUGGUGGGUCUUUAUUAGACUGGCGGUGGAAGGUGGUUGAUGGCGGCGGUGGUGGUGGUGGUGGUCAGAUAUCUCAGCCUCCAUCUUCAUCUUCAUCUUCAUCUUCUUCAACACCACCAAUUGCACUUGAAGAAGACAUGGACAUGCAACAACCUGUUUCUGCUAUGGAUCAAGAUGACAACUUUACUGCGACUUUAAAUGGCUCGGACAUUUUCCUUCGGACAAAUGAAACCUACGAUCCUCCUUCAAGUACAGGAAUUCAAAGAAACUUUUCCGGUAUAGAUAAACUUGAAGCGAGCCUGAUGCAAGCUCGAGCUGCAAUCCGGGAAACAAUAAGCCAGAACCAGAUCAAUGAUCCUGACUACACACCAUUUGGUCCUAUAUAUUGGAAUGCCUCCGUCUUCCACAGGAGCUAUUUGGAAAUGGAGAAAAGAUUUAAGGUAUAUGUUUAUGAAGAAGGAGAACCACCCAUAUUUCACAAUGGUCCUUGCAAGAGCAUAUAUGCAAUGGAAGGUAACUUCAUUUUUCAAAUGGAAACAACCAAGUUGUUCCGAACCCGGGAUCCCGACAAAGCCCACAUAUUUUUCCUUCCAAUGAGUUCGACCAUGAUGGUCCGCUUUAUAUUGGAGCGCGGCUCUCGUGACCAUUGGCGUCCGAUGAAGCGAACUGUUAAGGAUUAUGUCGAUCUUGUGGCAUCCAAAUACCCUUUCUGGAACCGGAGUCUUGGUGCUGAUCAUUUCAUUGUUGCUUGCCAUGAUUGGGGGCCCGAGCUUUCAAAGGCGGUCCCGAAUCUCUUUACAAACUCGAUUAGGGCAUUUUGCAAUGCAAACACCUCAGAAGGGUUCAAGCCUUCAAAGGAUGUUUCCAUCCCGGAGAUCUUGCUCCGCGAUGGUACAAUGCAAGGUCUAGUGGGUGGGCCAUCCCCUAGGCAACGCCAUAUUCUGGCGUUCUUUGCUGGUGGGGUCCAUGGCCCGAUUAGGCCGAUCCUCCUCGAGCAUUGGGAGAACAAGGACCCUGAUGUACAAGUCCACAAGUACCUUCCGAAGGGUGUUUCAUAUAUCGACAUGCUGAGGCAAAGCAAGUAUUGCAUCUCCCCGAGCGGCUAUGAGGUGGCGAGCCCGAGAAUGGUCGAGGCACUUUACACGGGUUGUGUCCCGGUGCUCAUUAAAGACCAUUACGUGGCACCAUUUAGCGACGUUCUGAACUGGAAAUCGUUCGCGGUCAUAAUACCAGUCGAGGACAUCCCUAACCUCAAGAAAAUCUUGAUGGGGAUAUCGACGAGGCAGUACCUACGAAUGCAACGCAGGGGCAAACAAGUAAAACGGCAUUUCGAGGUUAAUUACCCACCGAAGAGAUACGACGUGUUUCAUAUGAUACUACAUUCAGUUUGGCUUCGAAGGCUUAAUGCUCGUAUCCAUGGGAGCAACUGAGUUUUGAUCCUUAUGAUGGGUUGUUUUGGAUAUGGGGAUUGGGCUAUUUGUAGGCAUUGACAUCUUAUUCGUUAUAAUUUAACAAAAAUAUGAUGUCUAAUUUAGGGUAUAUUUAGUAAAUUAGUUGAUAUCUGAUA